UCCUCAACUCAAGUAGUUCAAACGUGCACGUAGCCAGGAGGAUUAGCGUCAUGCUUCUACGUUUUUUUGUUAUAACUGUCCUUAUUUGGGCAUAUUGCGAUCUUGGAUAUGCCGACAGUGAUAGCAGCGCUAGCAGUGGCAGCGAAAGCGGAGAGAGCCAUCAUUAUCGGCAGGGGAAACAUCAUAAAGAUAAAUACAACCGGCCUGCAUAUCCUGCUUAUCCCAAUUCCUAUACCCCGAUAUCGCCACCGUAUUACUAUGGAGGCUAUCCGUACAUGACUGCCCCGCCAACACCCCCUCAGCCAUUUAACGGAAUGCCUCCACAGCCGUACCCCUAUCCAGUGCCGUAUUAUCCACCAUAUGCUGAAAGCUCCAACCCCCAUCUGCCAAGUGGCCCGCAACCAGCAUCGAGUGUUAUUAACCACUCUCUGAAGGUUAACAAGGAAUACAAAGAGGAUGGACAUCAUUCAAAUCAGAUCUAACAAUGAUAAGAGCUUCAGUUCCAAUUCGUGUAUAUAAAAUAAAAUUGAAAAGUUACUUUCCAUGUAGAUGCAAAAGCUUCUGCCUAUCAUA